ACUGGAGUGUGUUUGAGGCUGGACUGCAGGGAGACAGCAGAGAGGCGCACUGACUCCACAAGCACAAGUGGAUGGAAAGAGCCCAAUGCAAUGGAGAAAGUGAACCGCGGUGCAGUUAUCGGUGCCCUGUAAACUCAGGAAGAAGAGAAGAGAUGCUUGCAUGAGACAAGGGGGAAUGAAGAGUAGGAUAAAGAGUUUUAAGGAAGAGUUCAGAUUAUUUUCUAAAAUGGCACGGAUUUGCUCCCAUGCAAAUGCGCAUUUUGCAAAGAUGACAUAGCACUUGAGAAAAUGGGAUUCCUCCAGGAACAGAACUCACUCACGACCUGAAUGAAAAGAGAAAGGGGAUUCUAUUCAAAUCGGAAUUUAGUUGUGUUUUGUCUUCUUUUACUUGACAAGCCGCGGUUGUGAGUGAACGCAGAGUGAAAUAUGAAUCUGGGGAAAGCACUUCUGUUUUUCCUCCUCUUAAAUUGUGUGACAAUGACUUUGUCGCUAUCCACUUGCACCACGGUGGACAUCGACCACAUAAAGAAAAAGAGAGUAGAGGCGGUCCGGGGACAGAUUCUCAGUAAACUCCGGCUGACCAGUCCGCCUCAAACAACAGGUCCAAGUCAAGUACCGUUUCAGGUUCUAACCCUUUAUAACAGCACCAAGGAGCUCAUUGAGGAGCUGGGAAGAGACAGGCAACAGAGUUGUGGACAGGAUAACACGGAGACUGAGUACUAUGCCAAAGAGAUUUACAAGUUCAACAUGAUCAAUGGUCCGCCAGAAAACAAUGACCUCCCCCACUGCCCUAAGGGUAUCACCUCCAAGGUAUUCCGCUUCAACGUUUCGACCAUGGAGAAGAACGCCACCAACUUGUUCCGGGCCGAGUUUCGAGCCCAGCGGAUCCCCAACCAAGAUGCCAAGAAAAAUGAGCAGAGGAUUGAGCUCUACCAGAUCCUCCAGAAAGGCGACCCCAAAGCCAAACAGCGCUACAUUGGGGGCAAGAACGUCCUGACCAAGGGAACGUCUGAGUGGGUCUCUUUUGAUGUUACAGAGACAGUGAGGGAGUGGCUGAUGUACCGACAGACCAAUCUUGGCCUGGAGAUCAGUGUGCAUUGUCCCUGCCACACUUUCAGGCCUAAUGGUGACAUUAUUGAGAAUACCAAUGAGGUACUGGAGGUCAAGUUCAAAGGUAUGGAUCUGGACUAUGAAGAUCUGAGUCGUAUGAAAAAACAAAAGGAGCAGCUCUACCCCCACCUCAUCCUCAUGAUGCUCCCUCCCCACAGGCUGGAUGCCCAAUCCUCCUCCCGCAGGCGCAAGCGGGCACUCGACACCAAUUACUGCUUCAACAAUUACGAGGAGAACUGCUGUGUGCGACCACUAUAUAUUAAUUUCAGGCAGGAUUUGGGCUGGAGAUGGAUCCAUCAGCCUGAAGGGUACUAUGCCAACUUCUGCUCUGGUCCCUGUCCUUACCUACGUAGUGCAGACACCACCCACAGCUCGCUGCUGAGCCUGUACAACACCUUGAACCCCGAAGCAUCCGCCUCACCCUGCUGUGUUCCUCAGGACUUGGAACCCCUCACCAUCCUCUACUACGUGGGUCGCUCCCCUAAAGUCGAGCAGCUCUCCAACAUGGUCGUCAAGUCCUGCAAGUGCAGCUAGACUUCAGUGCCCGGCGAGAGACAUGGGAUGUGACAGCUCCCAGCACUACUCAGGAGCGGGUAUGAGGGGUCAGAGGGGGCACGGUACAAUAUGUCCUCCAUGAGUGCCUCCAACCCCUGCUUCAGCCUUGCCCGAGCUCUCUCACGAAAAACAAAGAUGCAGUCCACCACUCUGCUCACAUCAUUGGCAGCAUUUACCUAGAAGACUUGUCAAACACCACUUUACUAACGGCGCUCUCAAACCCAUCAGACCUCUUCACCAAUAGCCUUGUUUCUCAUGUUUUUUUUCCAUAUUCCAGCAUUUUGAACAGCCUGUACCUCAGUGUUACAUAACGUUGGUAUUCAAAGCCCGUUUUCAAUGAAAAAGGAAGAGAACAAUAAUCUUGCAAUGACCACUGAAUUCUUAAGGACAUAAAAUAAUUGCAGUCAAAAAGAGAAAAUGACUGAGAGUGCAGACUGAACUCAGCAUGAUAGGAAUGCGUCAAAGAGGGUGAAACAAAAAUGAUAGUUUGUAGAGAGCAAACGCAUCCCUCGGCCCUGACACACAGGACACCUUCGAAUGUCCGAGCUGGAAACUGACGCUGUGCACGCCACAGCUCCCUACACUGUUUGUUUAGGAUUAAAUGCUGUUGAAUAAAAAUGACCUUAGGAAAAAAGAAAACAUGCUGGAAACCAACCUUUAUUUCAAAGUAGUAUUUCCAUGGUUAUGUUUACCUCUGUAAUACAACAGGAUGGUGAUUCCAGGGAUCGUUUUGUUUUAAAGUGAAGCCUUUCUGUUGUAUGAGACGAUGUAUGUCACUAAGUGAACACUUAACUAGAUCACGAACUGUAAAUGUUUUUCUUAUUACUCUUGGAAACACCUUUUUUUUUAAUUAAAAAAUGGACAGUUGGAUAGAAAUGUUCUAUUUUCAUUAUUGUUAGUUUUUCUUUUUGCAGUAUUUUAGUAUUUUAUUUUAGAGCACUUUAUUUUAAAAGGUAAUAGGGUAAAUUUAGAUGACCAAAGUGAAGUAAUCAAAGUCCAGUGAUUGAAAACUUCCAGUGUACAGUGAACAAAUACAUUUACUGACAUGAUCAGCA